AUGAAGGAAGCUGUUGUUGACAAGUCCAUUUCCGUCGCUAUCCGGCACGUUGAGACCCCCGUCCCGAAGCCCGGGCAGGUUCUCAUCAAAGUGGUCGUGUCCGGCACCAACCCGAAGGAUUGGAAACUGCCUACCUGGAUUCCUGAAGCAUCCGGCACGAACCCGGGUGAUGACAUCGCUGGGUAUGUGGAAGCAGUCGGAGAAGGCGUGUCGAGCUUCAAGAAGGGCGACAAGGUUGCCGCUUUCCACGAGAUGAUGACUGCGGGCGGCAGCUAUGCCGAAUAUGCGAUCGCAUGGGAGCAUACGACCUUCCAUCUGACAGAGAAAACAAGCUUCGAAGAGGCUGCCACGAUCCCCUUGGCGGCGAUGACCUCGGCUCUUGGCCUGUACCAGCAGCUUCACUUGCCCUUGCCUUGGAAUCCGGCGACAGAGUCGCUCCCUCUCGUUGUGUACGGUGGUGCAUCUGCAGUCGGGGCUUUUGCCAUCAAGUUUGCGCAGUUGUCGAACAUUCACCCCGUCAUCGCUGUGGCGGGUAGGGGUUCCCCGUUCGUGGAGACCCUGAUCGACCGCUCAAAGGGCGACACGAUUAUCGACUACCGCGAAGGCGAUGAAGCUGUUCGCAAGAACAUCAAGGCUGCUGCUGGUGGACGCCCCAUUCACCACGCGUAUGACGCUGUCUCCGAAAAGGGCAGCUAUCAGAAUCUCGGCGCUGCCUUGACAACACCAGCGAAGAUCACAGUGAUUCUUCCGGGUCGCGAUUUCAGCGAUGUUCCUGAGGGUGUUGAAAUUGUUACCACCAAUGUCGGAUCUGUGCAUAAGCCUGCUGCCGCAGGAAAGACGAUCGGCGAUAUCGAGUUCGGUGCCGCAUUCUUCGCACUGAUCGGACGUGGUCUUGCGCAGGGCUGGUUCUCGGGUCAUCCGCACGAGGUGCGACCGGGUGGUUUGGCUGGACUGGAGAGUGCAUUGAAGGACCUGCAGGCGGGCAAUGCGUCGGCUGUGAAAUAUGUUGUGCGCAUCGCGGAGACGGCGGGUGUGCAGUAA